AUGUCGCCGUUUCCGCCCCGCGUCGCCUCGCGCCUUCUCUCGUCCACUGGGACGAAGGUUCUCCCCUUUGCUCCAGCGGGCCAAGGGUUGGCGGUGCCUGAUUGCACCGUUCCUGCUCUCCGUUCUUUUGUGGCCUCUCUCGGACCUCGUGGCGUGUCUGAUGGUGUUCCAGGCGCAAGCAAGCGCUUUUUCUCGUCACAAGUCUCCGCAGCUGGAAACGGAGCGGGUUCCCAGGCUCUCCGGGGUUUUGCACGCGAGCAGGCCGCCGGAGCGGAGCUCCUGAAACUCUCUCAGAAACGACUCGGAGGGUCUCUCGAAGACUACUACACAAACAGCCAGCUGGCAACUUGCAUUCAGUCUCCGUGGCCUUUCUACAUCUGGUCCUUCUGGGCGUUCUCCAUGGUCGUGGUUCCCGUCGGCCUGCUGUUUCAGAGUAACUACUAUUUCUCAGGACGUAUUCUUCCCAAGGUGAAUGGCAACACUCAGCUGUGCGAGGACUCGUGGUGA